AUGUAUCCAGGCCGCGGGCCAGUGUUCAGGUCUGACGAGUCUGUGAUGCACGAUAUCAAUGAAAGACGACUACCAACUCCUGUCAAUCGUUUGAAUACUUUUCGACCUCCGCCUCCGGGUCCUCCCAGCUCAUGGGCCCUUCGGCCAACGAUCUUUCGCUCGGAGGUCUCUUCGGGGUCAGUAUCACUAUCAGCGAGUCACGGACAUUCAAACUUUGUUCAGACCCCAGGCUCUGGAAGAUCCACUCCAUGGGCACUUCCCACUGGAGCUUCACACACGCAGAAUUCUUUUGAGUCGACGCCUGCAUCAGCAGCUCAGCACAGCUUGAACACUGGCCAGCCUCUUGCUUCGGGGUCACACGCUCCGUGGGCUCUAGGAAUACCCUUCGUCCGUGGUUCAGUCGGUGCGGUUCCUCAACCAGCGCUGAGCAGUCAGUCGAACUCUGGUCAGCCUUGGACUCCGGCAGCCCCUACACCAUGGGCCUUUCCUACAGAAGUGCCCCACAUGGAUGGUGUUUCUGAGCCUGUAUCGCAACGCCCGUUUGAUUAUCAUUAUCAUACUCUUCCCCAACCCAACAACAUGCCCCGGACCCCACGGGCCACUAGACGAAGAGCUUGGAAACCUUCUUCCCCGGCAAGAGCUUCUCGGCGUCAAAACUCGUUGACAAGUUCUUCUAACACAAGUCCUUAUGUCUCGGGCGUUCAUGAAGUUAGCAUGGAUGAACACUCCCCGCCGCUCGUCGACCGAACUUCUUCCGAGCGAGCAACCCACGACCGCGCAACCUCCAGAGCGAGGUCGGCAUCCCCAGACAUGAAGCUCAACAUCAUCCUAGAAGAUCCUCCAAGUGGGCAACUGUAUCGUGAAAAAAGAAUCCGGAGUCGAGAGGAGCUUGACAGCCAGAAAGAAGGUAUGCGAGUCUUGAAGGACAACGGGGGAGCUUGCACGGCCUGCUAUAAGAGCAAGAAACGGUGUGGACCCGGCGACCCUUGCCCUCCUUGUGCUGCACGCGGUCGCAGCUGCGUCAGACUCAAUCGAGACGAUGGUGAGAUUGUGUCUGCUGGUGGUCAACCCGUGUCUACGUCUACUCAACCUGUACCCACAUCAUCUCAAUAUGUCUCGACAUCUCCUCAACCUUCCUCUUCACCUACCCAGCCUGUCUCUGCACCCGCCCGCCCCCUCUCCCCUGAUAUGAGACCUGACACACUAACCUUGGUUCAGAAUACUCUUAUCGAUCCUCCCUGUCUUCCAGAGCGCACUCCAUGUCUUCCAGAGACCACUCCCUAUCUACCUGAGAGCAUACCGACCAUGCCGACGGAACCAGCCCCGAAUGAAGACCUGCCAUCUCUGGACCCGGAGCCACUCGAGGAUUAUGUCGACCCAUUUUUCAUUGAUUCCUGGGAGUCUGGCAUGCUUUGCCUCGACAGCGCCUACGAUAAUCCCGGAUAUCCAUGGGCUGGAAGCGAUGGGGGUCAUAUCACGAUCUGA